UGGCGGUGGAAGCACAGGAAUAUCUUCAGUGGUUAAGUUUCCACCGGAGAGAGAGAGGAGACGAAGUGAAAGAAGAGAAGACGGGGAAAGUCUGGACAAGUCAGCACGGGUUAACCUGCAAAGUCGGUGGAUCUUGAUCUCUGUGCGGAAAACCGGUGCUCGCCGUAAACUUUUUAGGACGGAAUCCCGAUUCCCAUGUUGCGUAUUUCUCCUAUCGGACAACAUUUUAUGCGCAAAAGGUGUUAAGAGCAGUAUCGAGUGAUAAACCGGAAAUAUGGUUAAGGCGAAGAAGGGCAAACGCCUUGGCAAGGAUGACGAAAUGCACAGUGAUGCUGAGGUGGAAGAUCAGUCUAUCGACGAGUCAGUUAAAUCAAAAAGCAAAGCAAAAGAUAAGAAAAAGAAAAAAGUAGAUGAUGUAGAUGAUAUUACUGCUGAGCUCGAGGAACUUGCCGUAGAUAAAUCUAAGGCAACUAAGAAGGAGAAGAAAUCGAAGAAGACUGGCGGUGGUGACUCGGAUGAUGACGUCACCUCGUCACAGGUAAAGAGCAAGGCAGGUUCAAAGAAAAAAAGUUCAAAUUUGAACCUUGAUAAUCGAGAUGGAUCGGCAUCAGAUUCAGAAUCGGAGUCAGUACAGGCAAAACGAAAGGGUCAAAAGACUCGGGGGAAUAAAAAAGGUUUUGCUGCCUUAAACAUCGAUUCAGACAAUGCUUCAGAAGAUGAGACUCCUAAGGCAAAGGCUAAGACGAAAAAAGGGGGUAAGAAAGAUAUUAACGAGGAUUCAGAGGAUGAACAGAAAGGAAAGGGAAAAUCUAAGAAAAACCGGAAGAAGAACAUAGAUUCUAAUGAUGAAUCAGAAGAUGAAGCUCCACGCUCUAAGGCGAAAUCAAAGAAGGGAAAGAGAGGUGGUGAUUCCGAUGAAUCUGGAGAUGAAACUUCCAGAGCCAAAAACAAAGGAGCUAAAGGUAGCAACAAGAAAAAUGUUGCAGAAGAUUCAAAUGAUGAAUCGGAGCAUGAAAAACGGAAAUCAAAAGGGAAGACGAAAAAAGGCAGGAAAACUUCUGAAUCAGAAGAAGACAUGAAAGCAUCAAGAACCAAGGUGACGAAACCGAGCAGUACCAAAGCACCAGUAGGUGGUUUUGCUCUAUUGGAAGUUGAAGGUGACAACGACGAUGACAACGACGUUGGUCAUCCCAGUGACAACGAAUCAGAAAAAUAUGAGAACGUCGACAGAGCAUCGGCAAAGCAAAAGGGAAAAGCAGCUGAAUCUCAAGGAAAACAGUCUAAGAAAGGUAAGAAAAAAGCCAACGAUGAAGAAGAUAUUGAUAAGGUGUUAGCAGAAUUAGAGAUGGAAUCCUCUGGACACAAGAAAGAUGUUACCGAGGAGCAGGGCGAACAGAAAGCGGAGGAUGACAGCAAGAAGAAAAAGGGGAAGAAAGCUGGGAAGAAGAAACGCAAUGACAGCGAAGAAGACAUCGAGAAGGUCUUAGCGGAGUUGGAAAUGGAGUAUUCUGGGCAAAAGCCGGAAAAGGUCGAGGAGUCUAAGGAAGAGAAAGCACCGGAGGAGGAUCAAAAGAAACAGCGAAAGAAAGCCGCUGUCAAAGAAGAGGUGGAAGCGGAGGAGGAUGAAGUAAACGAAGGACUCGAAGAUCAGGAAGGCAGUACGGUGAAAACAGCAGCGCAAAAGAAAAAGGAGAAAAAAGAAAGGGAGAAACAGAAGAAAUUAGCGCAGAAGAAGGCCGAUGCAAGUAAGAAACCCGAUAAUGGAGAAGUGCCAUCGGAGAAGGAUAAAGCUCUGGAAUCUGCAGAGAAACCACCAGCAGACGCAGAAGCAGAAGUUGAGUCUGUCGAGGGAGAAGAGGGAAAGAAAAAGAAGAAGAAAGGCGCCAUUAAGGAAGAUCCUAAAGAUAAAGGGAAGGGUCCCGGAAAGAAAACGAUAGCUGCAAUGCAGGAGGCUUUGAAGAAGCUCAAGGAGGAGGAAGACCGACUCAAACGCGAAGAGGAAGAAAGGAUAAGACAGGAGGAGCUGCGCGAAAAGGCGAGACUGGAACAGCUUCAACUCGAACAGGAGCGAAAGGAAAAGAAAAAGCAGAAAGAAAAGCAAAGGAAGGAACGAUUGAAGGCGGAAGGAAAGCUUCUUACGACCAAGCAAAAGCAGGACAGAGCAAGGGCUCAAGCGAUGCUGGAGGCUCUGAAAGCUCAGGGCAUGGAGCUGCCGGACGUUGGCGAGAAGAAGCCCAGACCAGGUACGAGAAUCCGUCCAAGUAAACUUAAGCAGCAGUCGAGCACGGACGAAAAAGGGGAGGAGAAAAGGGCCGAAAGCGAAGUUCAGCCCGAAACGGUGCAGCUGGAAAUCGUAGAUCAGGGUGAGCAACCAAAAGAGGAGCCGAAUCCCGCGGAAGAAGUCAAGGAUUCGUGGGAUGCCGAUUCCAGCGAGGACGAGCCGGAGGAAGAUAAAUCCGACGAGACACCACAACCUUCGCAGCCGGUUAAAGGUCAGUCUCAUUUGUCUAAGAGGUCGCCGGUCGCGGAGAAGAAGGAAUCAUCCGAGAGCGAGUCCGAGUCGGAAAGUGGCAGCGAAACCGAGUCCGAGGAAGACAGCGACGAGGAUAGCGAGGUCGACGACAAGAAAACGGAUGCCGAGCGCAAGAAGGAACGCGCUCGGGCAAGGAUACAAAAUCGGCGAAUAGAGGCGGAGAAGAAGAAGUCCUUGGACGUUCUUCGGGCGGCGGUGGUCUGCGUCCUGGGCCACGUCGAUACCGGCAAGACGAAGAUCCUGGACAAGCUGCGAAGGACUAACGUUCAGGACGGAGAAGCUGGAGGGAUCACCCAACAGAUCGGUGCCACGAACGUUCCUAUCGAAGCCAUUCAAGACUCCACGAGACACGUUAAAGGGUUUGCGGAGAAGAAGCUGAGGAUCCCGGGACUUCUGAUCAUCGACACGCCUGGUCACGAGUCCUUCAGCAACCUUAGGAACCGGGGCUCGUCUCUCUGCGACAUAGCGGUCCUCGUGGUCGACGUGAUGCACGGCCUGGAGCCGCAGACACUCGAGAGUAUAAACCUGCUGAAGGCGAAGAAGUGUCCCUUCGUCGUGGCGUUGAAUAAAAUCGACAGGCUGUACGACUGGCAGACCAUGAACCGUAAGGACGUCCAGGACAUCAUUAAGAAUCAAGCGGUCAACACCCAGAGGGAAUUCGAAAGGCGGACGAAGGACGUGAUCGUGCAAUUCGCCGAGCAGGGACUGAACGCCGCCUUGUUCUACGAGAACCCGGACCCUCGGAGUUACGUCUCCCUGGUGCCCACCAGCGCCAUAACAGGGGAAGGCAUGGGUAACCUGCUGGCGUUGAUCGUGGACGCGUGUCAGGGCCCACUGGCGAAGAGACUGAUGUUCAGCGAAGAACUCCAGGCCACGGUCUUGGAGGUCAAGGCACUCCCUGGCCUUGGCACCACGAUAGACUGCAUCCUAGUCAACGGGACCCUCCGAGAGGGAGACACGAUGAUAGUAGCGGGUACCGACGGGCCCAUAGUCACCCAGAUUAGGUCGCUGCUGAUGCCGCAACCCUUGAAGGAGCUGAGGGUCAAGAACGCGUACAUCGAGCAUCGCGAGGUGCGCGCAGCCCAAGGGGUGAAGAUCGCGGCCAAGGACCUCGAGAAAGCCAUAGCGGGUCUGAACCUCCAAGUGGCGCAGAAGCCGGACGAGGUCGAGCUGCUCAAGGAGGAGACCGCCAGGGAGCUGACGAGUGCCUUGGGUAACAUCAAGCUCGCCGAGCGCGGAGUCUUCGUUCAGGCUUCGACCCUCGGCGCCCUGGAGGCUCUCCUGGACUUCCUGAAGAGCAGCAAGAUUCCCUACGCCGGCAUCCGAAUCGGCCCCGUGGUGAAGAAGGACGUGAUGAAGGCCUCGAUCAUGCUGGAGCACGACAGCCAGUACGCGACGAUCCUCGCGUUCGACGUCAAGAUCGAGAAGGACGCCCAGGAGCUGGCCGACUCCCUCGGGGUGAAGAUCUUCCAGGCGGACAUCAUCUAUCAUCUUUUCGACAAAUUCACGGCUUACCGGGACGAGCUCAAGCAGCGGAAGCGGGACGAGCACAAGCACAUCGCCGUGUUCCCCUGCAAGCUCAGGAUACUGCCCCAGUUCAUCUUCAACUCGAGGGACCCGAUCGUGGUGGGAGUGAUGGUCGAGGCAGGGAUCGUCAAGGAAGGCACACCCAUGUGCGUGCCCAGCAAGGACUUCGUCGACCUGGGCGUAGUGACGAGCAUCGAGAACAACCACAAGCCCGUCGAGACGGCGAGGAAGGGUCAAGAGGUCUGCGUGAAGAUCGAGCCGGUGCCCGGCGAGGCGCCCAAGAUGUUCGGCCGGCACUUCGACGAGAAGGACUUCAUCGUCAGCAAGAUAAGCCGACAGAGUAUAGACGCCUGCAAGGAGUACUUCAGGGACGACCUGCUCAAGCCCGACUGGCAGCUCAUGGUGGAGCUGAAGAAGCUCUUCCAGAUCCUCUAGGUGCCUCGACUCCUCGGCAGCCGGUGUUGAGCGUUCGCAGGAGCAUCACGGGACGGUCCGGUCGGCAGGUGUCAUGGCGCCGACCGGGAGGAGGCCGGAAGGAGACCGGAAGUCGGCGCGUCCGGAGGAGAGGAAGCGGAGGGACGGAAUAUAUCGGUCCUUCGGACGAAGACGGCGUCCCAGGGGCCGUAGGGGCGAAAGGGAAGAGAGAAGAUCGUCCCUUUCCCUCCUUUGCAUAUAUUUUUCCAAGGCGCGAGCGUUUCCGCCUCGCGGUCCCCCCUCGUUCCGCCUCGGUUUCCGGCGCGCAUCGCCGUCGGUGUUUUCGCGGAAUGCUCCCUGCCCGAAGUAUCGGGAAUUCCGCCAGAGGUGCCUUCUUCUUCGCGCGCGUCGCGAGUCGUUAGAUAAAGGGGAGGGAGAGCACCCUCGACUGGUGCAAUAUUAAUUAGAUACUCCCGGGGGGAAGGACGAGAGGCGGCGGCGCGUCAGCCAUUUUCUUCCCUACGAGUCGCGCAAGGGGCUGUCGCGGUCGCUGUCAAAUUUUCGAGGAAGAACCUGCGUUCCUUUUCGCCAUCGCUAUGGUAUGACGGGAGGGGGUCGAAGGAGCCGCGGUUAUUAUAUAUAGGUAGGAAUUGUAAAAUAAUCGAGAUUAAAUUUGUGCCCGCGCGCCCGAAUCGCAUGUGUCGCGACUCGUCGACCGGUCGUUCCGUUUGUUCCGUUUGUGUUCCGUUACGACGCAUGACUCUUAACGAAGGAGACUCUUAAGGUGGGAAGAGGGGCAGGGGGCAGGGGGAAAUGGAAGAGAGAGGAAACGGGCCUGUACCGAAACGGAAGAACCGUGUAGGAUUAGGAGUGCACGUAAGCGCGUAAAUACGGGAGCCCCCACGUGUUUUGUAUCUGGCUUCUCUAGAGACGGGCCGAACGACUUAGGAAUAAAGAUGUACAAGGUUUCGAGGGAGGAGGAGGAGGGGAGUGGCGAGGUUAAGUGGAGAAAUAAAGGUAUACACCAUUGCGAA